CGAAAGUCAUGCAAUAUGCACUAUGUGUAAAUCAAACCUUUCAUAUAAGACGAGCUCAUCAAAUUUAAAAAAGCACAUACAAAAGAAACAUUCUACGGUCACAAUCACUUUUUUGGAAAGCAAGAGGUCAACAGUGGUAACCCAACAUAAAGAAAAUAGCCAGAAUAAAGAAAGUAUUGAUAACGAUCGUCCAUCUACUUCAGAAGUUUCAUCAGUUAAUUGCGUGGAAGGUCGAACGGCUUUAGUCAAAAGUUCAACAAAUAAGUCACAUCAAGAUCAAACCAGGGUCGACAAUUAUUUCCGUGUGCCUCCAAAAAUAUCUGUUAGAAGCAAACAUAAUUUAGAUAAAAAGUUGCUUGGCUUAUUUAUUAAAGACAUUCAACCUUUUUCAGUAGUAGAUGAUAUUGGAUUCAGAGAAUUCGUAUUAGCAUUGAAUCCCUCAUAUGAGCUGCCAAGUAGACAUAUCAUUUCUAAAACUCUGAUCCCUGCUUUAUAUGAAGAAUGUCUCACUAAUACCAAAACAAUAAUAAAUACUGGCAGAACGUUUUGUAUUACAACAGAUGCCUGGACAACAAUUAACAACGUUAGCUAUGUUGGUGUAACAGCACAUUUUUUGGACAGCGAAUUCAAUUUUAAGUCGAUACUCCUGGAAUGUUCCGCAACUGACAUGCGUCACACAGCUGAGAAUCUCGCUGAAGAUAUGAAAAGGGUUACAAGAGAUUGGCAAAUCGAAAAUCGGGUUAUCUUUGCUGUAGCAGAUAAUGCUCCAAAUAUACAGAAGGCUUUGCAGCAAAUCGGCUGGAGACAUAUGGGAUGUGUUGCACAUACUAUUAACCUAAUUGUCAAAGAUGGUAUAAAGAAUGAUGAAAUAUUAAGCGUUUUAGAAAAAAUCAGAGAAAUAGUCAGUCACUUUAAAAAAAGUACCAUUUCAAAUAACAAGCUCAUGAAAUAUUAG